AUGCGAGCGGGUCCCUCGUCGGCUCUCGGGGCUGCGGGGCGUCCGGCAAGGGGCCGGGGAACGCGGCCAGCCGAGCUCCAGGGAUUUAGCCAGCGCGGGGCUCUCUCCGAUGGGCUGGAGCCGGGGGAUAACGCGCGCGGAGCUCCGGGAGGCAUGCCCCAAACUCUGAGCUCUACCAGUAUGUUUACCCCCUGUGGCUUCAGUCCUCAUCUACACUCAGCAAAAGAAGAUGAUCAAGGGGGACUGAUCUUCCAGGAUGGAAACCUUGCCUCAGCAUCUCUUGAUGCUUUAAUCCAACAUCUUAUACCUACAACUGAUUACUACCCUGAAAAGGCCUAUAUCUUUACAUUCCUGCUGAGUUCAAGACUCUUCAUUGAACCUCAUGAACUUUUGUCCCGAGUUUGUCACAAGUGCGUUGAGCAGCAGCGACUGGACGACCCGGUGCUGGAUAAGGCACGGAUCAGAAAAUUUGGGCCUAAACUCCUACAGUUGUUGACAGAAUGGACAGAAACGUUCCCCUAUGAUUUUCAGGAAGAGCGGAUGAUUGGCCAUUUGAAAGACAUGAUUGACAGGAUAGCCCCGUGUGACGAGGCCUACUGGAAAAGGAUGAAUCAGCUUUUGCAAGCCCUGAAUCAGAAGCUUGCAACCCUUAGCCAUGGGCAGGAAGGAAUAGUCAAGAUCAAUGCUGCUGUCUCUGACAAGCUGGUUGCCUUUAAAAGUAAACCACCAUCAAUUCAGAGAGAAAUCCUGACCGUCUGUAGUGACCCCUAUACUCUGGCUCAGCAGCUAACGCAUGUGGAAUUGGAAAGGCUGAGUCACAUUGGGCCUGAAGAAUUUGUGCAGGCGUUUGUACACAAAGACUCUUUGGACAGCACCAAGUCUUGUUUCAAUGAGCAAAAAAAGACUAGUAACCUUGAGGCCUAUGUGAAAUGGUUCAAUAGACUCUGCUAUCUUGUGGCAACAGAAAUUUGCAUGCCUGCGAAAAAGAAACAGCGAGCACAAGUCAUAGAGUUCUUCAUUGAUGUUGCCCGAGAGUGCUUUAACAUAGGGAAUUUUAAUUCACUGAUGGCAAUCAUAUCUGGAAUGAACAUGAGCCCCGUCUCCAGGUUAAAGAAGACCUGGUCAAAAGUGAAAACAGCCAAAUUUUUUAUUCUCGAGCAUCAGAUGGACCCUACUGGUAAUUUUUAUAACUACAGAACUGCAUUGCGAGGGGCUGCCCACCGAUCCCUCACUGCACACAGCAACAGGGAGAAGAUUGUCAUCCCUUUCUUCAGCCUGUUGAUCAAAGACAUUUACUUUUUGAAUGAAGGAUGUGCUAAUCGCCUUCCGAAUGGGCACGUCAACUUUGAAAAAUUCCUAGAACUGGCUAAACAAGUAGGCGAGUUUAUAACGUGGAAGCAAGUGGAAUGCCCAUUUGAACAAGACCAUAACAUCAUCCACUACUUGCAUACAGCUCCCAUCUUUACUGAGGAUGGUUUGUAUUUGGCUUCCUAUGAAAGUGAAAGUCCGGAGAACCAAAUUGAAAAAGAGAGAUGGAAAUCCUUGAGGUCUACUAUUUUAGGAAAGACUUGAAGACUCAGAUUAUUGCAGUACUACAAGAGAAAAAAUCAGCAAAAAUAUUUUGCACUACUGAUUCCAAAGAUGCCUAUUUGGGAUUUAGUUUUUCUUCUUCCUUUUUAUUUUUGGACUGCUUAAUGUGAUGAACUGGCUUCAUCCAUUGAAAUUAACAGAAUUGACUUACCAUAGGCACAAUUAUGCUUUUCUAAUUACUCAAGAGAGGAUGGACAACAGAUUAUUUGUGGCCAUACCAAAACUAUGUCAGUAUCACUGUAACCUUGUCUCAGAUGGAAACAAAACAAGAGCAAGGAGAGUCAUGGUGCUGCAGCAGAGAAUGGUCUUCACUGGAAAACUAAAGACGCAGUGUGCACAUUUCAGAAGCAGGUGCUUCAAACAGCAGCUCGCUAAAUCCGUUGAGUAUUGUAAAAUCAAAUUUUGUCAAAUGCAGCAGCAAUCUGGUUAAUUGCUAAGGAAGGAAAGAAGGAUUUUAUUUUACAUCAGCAGCCUCCUGCCUUGUUGAACAAUGCACUGACUUCAGCAGAGAUAAGCUGCCUGUGGAUAAAAACUUGUGUAAACCACAUCAGCAUGAAAAGUCAUGCAAACCCCAUGAAUUUUUACAUAGAAUGAUUUGAACUGUGAACAAUGGUUAUUUCUUCUUUCUCCAAUUGUUCUGCCUUUCUUACUGUGAAUCUUGGCAGACUUCUCUGGGAUGUGAGCUGAAGAUGAGACAAAAUACAGAUGUUCUGCUUUCACUGAAAGCUGUGGGAAGCAAAUGGCUCCGAGUCCUACUUACCGCUAUUUGAAGUAUGUAAUCUAUUCCCUAAUUCUGUUGGUGCUGAGAGAGGUGUUUUUAAGGCGCCUUACGUUAUUGACAAAUGAUAGAAGGGGAUUGUGUGAGGAAACUCAUUGGGUUUGUUUUGUCUCCUCACUUCAGCUUUGGUUCUAGUGCAACACGAUAUUGGGACACGGGGAGUGGUGUGGGGGAGGAAGAGCAGCCUA